AUGUCCGAAUUUGCCGCAUAUCACGCCUUCGGGACCGGCUCACCGAACCCAAAUGGACCGGCAAGAAAUGACGAGCCUAGCAAAUGGCGUCCACCGGUUGCUGCGAGCCCGGCUGGCUAUCAACAAACCGGAAGAAGCCCUGCCAUCGGGCAACCGCCCAAUCAGUACGGGGGCACGCCAGCGCAAUACAACAAUACACCUGCCCAGCCUGACAGCUACUUUCCGCCUCAGCAAUCACCACCGAUGUACGGGUCGACACAGGGCGAUCAGGAUGUGAACAACUUGGCGGGUCAAAUGGGAGCCGUUGGGCUGGGGCACGAACAGGUCGUCCAGCCCAGGCACAAGAAGAAGGAUAGACAUGCCUACCACAAUCUCGAGGGACCAGGAGGAAAUGUACAAGGCUUCAAUGGCACGCCGCAGCCUGGAACACCUACACAAUACAUGGGCCAGGGUACACCUCAGGCUGGUGGAGCACAAUGGAUGGAGCCCCAGAUUACGCCUGCAAUGAGCCAGUUCCCAGCACCGGUCAAUCCUCUGUUCAGUCCUGGCAGUGUAGCAUCGCCGAUGCAGCACGCUGCACGAGUGCCUGCCCCGCCUCAUCAAUCUGGGGGGAUGGCAGUGGGAUCUGCCCAAGGCCGAGUGGAUCCCGACCAGAUACCCAGUGUACCUAGGUCGCGAGAUGCGCCUGCCAAGUACUACCUCGAACACAUAUACCCCACCAUGGAGCACCAUAUGCCGCCUCCCGCGACGGUUCCCUUCGUCGCCUAUGAUCAAGGCAAUUCCUCACCCAAGUUUGCAAGGUUGACCAUCAAUAAUAUUCCUAUAUCAGCGCAGGCCCUUGCUACGACUGCUCUCCCUCUGGGAAUGGUUAUACAGCCACUUGCGCCACAACAAGAGGGGGAGCAGGCUAUCCCAGUAUUGGAUUUUGGCGAGACCGGACCACCCAGGUGUACGCGUUGUCGAACGUACAUCAAUCCUUUCAUGCAGUUCAAGGCUGGUGGUAACAAGGUAGUCUGCAACAUGUGUACAUACCCCAACGACGUACCUGGGGAUUAUUUUGCGCCCACAGAUCACACUGGUGUAAGAGUGGAUAGACUUCAACGACCCGAACUCACGCUGGGUACGGUCGACUUCAUGGUACCCAAGGAAUAUUGGUCCAAGGAGCCAGUGGGAAUGCGAUGGUUGUUCCUGAUCGAUGUCACAGCCGAGGCUGUUAAUCGAGGCUUCUUGGACGGCUUCUGCCAAGGUGUCCUGAAUGCGCUGUAUGGCGGAUCAAAUGAGAAUGUGGAUGGAAGCGCGAACAUGAGCCGGAUACCCAAAGGCGCCAAGAUUGGAAUUGUGACAUUCGAUAAGGAGAUGCAUUUCUACAACUUGAGCCCGAAGCUGAAGACGGCCCAAAUGGUGGUCAUGUCAGAUCUUGAGGAGCCCUUCCUGCCAUUCAGCGAAGGCCUAUUUGUUGACCCCGAAGAUUCAAAGACUGCCAUCACUUCUCUGCUCACUCAGCUACCCGCCAUGUUCUCGGAGUUCAAGCACCCGGAACCAGCCCUUCUGCCAACCUUGAACUCAGCUGUUGCUGCUCUAUCAGCCACAGGCGGAAAGAUUGUUUGCUCGCUAGCAGCACUCCCAACCUAUGGUCCAGGACGACUGAUGCUUCGUGAUGAUGUCAACAUGCACAACACCGACGCCGAGAAAAAGCUUCUGACGACAGAGCAUCCCGGCUUCAAGAAGGCUGCUGAGCAGAUGGUACAAAAUGGUAUUGGUAUCGACUUCUUCCUAGCGGCCCCAAGUGGCGGCUAUCUCGAUAUUGCUACAAUCGGUCAUGUCUCUGCCGUUACCGGAGGAGAGGUAUUCUACUACCCCAAUUUCCACUCGCCAAGGGACGUACUCAAGCUGUCCAAAGAGAUCCAGCACACAGUUACUCGCGAAACCGGCUAUCAAGCGCUGAUGAAGGUUCGGUGCUCAAACGGUCUGCAGGUCUCGGCUUACCAUGGCAAUUUUUACCACCACACAUUCGGUGCUGAUCUCGAGUUUGGCGUCAUUGAUGCAGACAAGGCUAUUGGUGUCAUGUUCAGCUAUGACGGCAAGCUUGAUCCCAAGUUGGACGCGCAUUUCCAGAGUGCGCUGCUGUACACCACUGCAAGCGGCGAGCGUCGUGUAAGGUGUACUAACAUUGUUGCGAGUGUCAGCCCAAAUACAGGCGAGUGCAUGAGAUUUGUGGACCAGGAUGCAGUUGUCAACAUCAUUGCCAAGGAGGCUGCGGCUCGCAUGACCGAGAAAAGUCUCAAGGAUAUCAGGGGGGCACUGACGGAGAAGACGGUGGACAUCCUUGCGGGCUACAGGAAGAAUUUCACUGGAAACAGUCCACCGGGUCAACUCGUCUUGCCGGAAAAUCUGAAAGAGUUUGGCAUGUACAUUCUCGGCUUGAUCAAAUCAAGGGCUUUCAAGGGCGGCAAGGAGCCAACUGACAGGCGAGUCCACGAUAUGAGGAUGAUCAAGUCAAUGGGCCCAUUGGAACUUUCGCUAUACCUCUACCCAAGGAUCAUCGCGAUACAUAAUUUAGAGGCAACCGAUGGAUUUGCAAACGAGAAAGGCCAUUUGGUCAUGCCAGAAGGCGUACGAGCCUCGUUCUCCAAGGUCGAGGAGGGUGGUGCCUACAUUGUGGACAAUGGCCAAGUAUGUCUGUUAUGGCUGCACUCGCAGGUUUCGCCCAAUCUGCUCGAGGACCUCUUUGGUGAAGGCUUCAACAGCUUGAAAGCGCUUGACCCCUUCCAGUCAACACUUCCAGUGCUUGAAACCCACCUCAACGCACAAGUACGGAAUAUCCUCCAAUAUCUAGAAGGCACUCGAGCAUCCAAGGCUCUGACCAUUCAACUCGCUCGUCAGGGUCUAGAUGGUGCAGAGUACGAGUUUGCCAGACUGCUGUAUGAGGACCGCAACAACGAGGCGCAAAGUUAUGUAGACUGGCUCGUGCAUGUUCACAGGCAUAUACAGCUUGAGCUUGCGGGACAGCGAAAGAAGGAGGAUACGGGUGACGGUCUUGGAUCGACAUUCGUCGGUUUGCGCACACCUUACUGGGGGUGA